GUCGCAAUGGGUCGAUGAAGCUAGAGCGUCGAUACGCAUGCGCACCAGCUAGCGACAGGAUACCGUCCACCAUGGCUGAGACCCACAGUUUACAGGACCUCCGGCAGCCGGCUGUCUCCUCCAAGGUGUUUGUCCAGAGGGACUACGGCUCAGGAACCAUCUCCAAGUUCCAGACCAAGUUCCCCUCUGAGCUCGAGUCGAGGCUCGAUAAGCAGCAGUUUGAUGAAACCAUCCAGACCCUCAACAACUUGUAUGCAGAGGCAGAGAAACUAGGGGGGAAGUCUUAUUUGGAGGGCUGCCUGGCUUGUCUCACUGCCUAUACAAUAUUCCUCUGUAUGGAAACGCACUAUGAAAAGGUGUUAAAGAAGAUUUCUCGGUACAUUAAGGACCAGAAUGAGAAGAUAUAUGCUCCCAGGGGCUUGCUGUUGACUGACCCCAUAGAGAGAGGCCUCAGAGUCGUUGAAAUUACCAUCUAUGAAGACAGAAGUAUUGGUUCUGGAAGAUAAAGAACUGUGGGCUGAAGACCCUGACCAGAUACUAAUCAUCUGUCUGGCAGCACAUGUUCAGAUGUCCGCUUCUCCUGAAUGGAUGUAUAUACUUUUGGUCUGAUUCUUUUCUGUUAUUUAUAAGUAAUCUACUGUCUGCCUAUCCGCAUAUGAUCAUAAAUGUGUUUUCAUGUCUUUAUAUCUACGCAGUGAUGAAACAAUCAUGUCCCAGUUGAUCCUGGCAAGUCUUUAUGAACAGUGCCAUUGUGUUAAAUGCCACUUUUUGACCAUGGUAAAUAUAAGUGAUUUCACUUGUGUAUGUUUUUGCAAAUAAUAUAAAGUCCAAUUAUGUAUUCAGUCACCAAUUAACUGUUAAUGGAGUUGUUGGUAAGUGUAAACUGUAAUCCUGUUAUGGGCAGUGACCCACCGUGUUAACAUGCUGGUUGUAGCCUUUUUUGAGGCAAAUGUUGUUGUUUUUUAUCAGUGCAUAAAUAUGACUUAUUUUGGGGGGGGAUCAUGUCAUGUCUUGAGAAAUAUGCACAUGGAUUUUUGUGACAGGUGGAGCAUGUAUACUGUUUGUACGUCCGUCAUCAUAUAACAGCGUAACCUGGUAGAUUUUGAGAAAAUUCCAUCGGUGUCCUAGUCCAACAUCACUAAAUCUCCCAAAUCAUAUUCCACCAUCGAUCCACCAUCUAUAUUGAGAAUGUCAUCUCCUUUUUCGUGAUCCCCAAACACCACAGAAACCUUAAACACUCAACACCACAGAUGAUUGCUAUUGUUGGUGUUUGAUGCAGCUGGUUUACUUUUCUUACAAAUAUUGUUCUGUUUUAUCUAAAUAAAUAGCCUUUUUCUGCCCGAAAGGUGUA